AAGCUGAAUAGCUGUCAAGAGCAGAGGAAAAAACCGCACGCAUCAACAACACAUUUUUCCUCUAGCGAUAGUACUGGGGAAAACAUUUAUUGUGAGGAGAAGUGUUCACUAGUUGCAGUAAAACAAUAUAAAAUGGGUAAAACUAGCAAAGACAAGCGCGAUAUCUACUAUCGCCUAGCGAAGGAGGAAGGUUGGCGAGCGCGCAGCGCAUUCAAGCUCAUUCAAAUUGACGAAGUGUUCCAGAUAUUCGACGGUGUAACGCGAGCGGUCGACCUGUGCGCCGCCCCGGGCAGCUGGAGCCAGGUGCUGUCGAAGCGGCUGUACGAAAGCCGCGAUCCGGCGGAGCGGGAUGAGGUGAAGAUCAUCGCCGUGGACCUGCAGACGAUGGGUCCGCUGCCGGGCAUUAUCCAGCUCCAGGGUGACAUUACCAAGCUGAGCACGGCGGAAGCAAUCAUCGAACACUUUGGCGACCAGCAAAAGGCUCAGCUCGUUAUCUGCGACGGUGCACCGGAUGUGACCGGUUUGCACGAUAUCGACGAGUACAUCCAGUCGCAGCUGCUGCUGGCGGCACUGAACAUAACGACACACGUGCUCACGCCGGGCGGUACGUUUGUGGCGAAAAUCUUCCGCGGCAAGGAUACGUCGCUGCUCUACUCGCAGUUGCGGAUAUUUUUCGAGCGGGUCACAAUCGCCAAACCGCCCAGCUCGCGAAACUCCAGCAUUGAGGCGUUCGUGGUGUGUCAGGACUACAGGCCUCCGGAGGGCUACGUGCCGCAGCUUAUCAAUCCCAUGCUGGACGACGUUCAGGUGAUAGCGUGCGAAACGAGCGCUCCCGUCAAUCGGUCGAUCGUACCUUUUCUGGUGUGUGGUGAUCUGCGCGAAUUUGAUUCCGACAUGUCGUACAGUUUAAAUAUUGAUCCGGAAAAGGAUUACGAGUAUCGGGACGUGGUGCAGAAGCCACUUGCGCCGGCCUACAGUGAGGUACUGGAGCGGAUGAAAACGACCUCCCUCAAGCAUGGCAGCAUAAAGGUGGAAGCGGAUAAAAAGAAGGAUUAAAUAAAAUCAUUCUUCGAAGUAUUCACUUUUACAACCAUAUCAAACACGGAUACUCCACGAAUAUCAAACAGACGAAAAGCGUGACUUAAGAGAGGGCUUACUAUUAAAAGUUACACGAAGGUCUCAAAUACAGGAACCAGUUCCAGAUUAAGCACUACGCAAACUAAGCGGCCGCGUGGGACCCCGAGGUCUCGAGGGGUCCCGAAAAAAGGGAUCCGCCCCCCACUCACAAGUAGAUUUGUUUCUCAAUUCUUCUCAAGUUUAGAAUUACUCAUACAUCUUCACGCUAGACACUUCAAAAAGGCCUACAUUCGUAUGACCGCUUAGGGCCUCUAUUCGUGUUUAAGUUUGAGAUCAUCAGUGUAAAGAGGUUGGCUGUCUGCAUAAAGAACCAAACUAACAUGAUUAAGGUAUAAGAGGAAAAGAAUAAGUAAACUACCUUGAAGAACUUCUAAAAACCGAAGAAUUCAUCCGACACACACGUGUUUAUUUUUACCCUACAGGAACGAUUACAAAGAUAUAACCAAAGCCACUUGACUAUAAAAGUUGAGGACCCCAAAUUGGAAAAUUUUGCCAAAAGCAAGGCAUGGUGGAAACUAUUAAAUGCUGCUUUAAAAUCUGUAACGUAUUUAAUUAUCAGCAUCAGUAUCACUUCUUUACAGCGGACUGACUUUUCCGCUUUGUAUAAAACAAUUAACAACCGUCUGCACGUAUUGACGGGUCAGAUGAGAUUAUUCUGUUAGUUAUACAAGAAAAUAUAAAAUAACAAAUAAGCACGUUGAGAAUAUCAAUGCUUAGGAAGAAUGGCAGUGUUAUUUCUGUUACAUGUCCCACUCUGGUUUUCUGUUUUCGUUUGUACCAUAAACGUAAAAGUGUAAAGAAUGUACAGCUUCAAUUACAAACAAUAAAAAAUCACUUUCGGAA